ACCCCCCACCCCACCAUGGCGCGAUCGCCGCCGAGCUCCGGUGGUGCCGCCGGCCGCGCUGCCGGGUGCGGUAGUUAAGGAGUGUUGCCACAAAGGUAGUGCUCAUCUUUCACCAGCCAUGAGGCUUCCUCUGCUUUGUGCCUCCAUGAUGCUGAUGAGUCUGUCCCAGUGCCAAGCUGUCAGCUUCCCUGAAGAUGAGGACCCCAUUAAUGUUGUUGACUACCACUAUUCAAGGCAAUAUCCAGUAUUUAGAGGACGCCCUUCAGGCAAUGAAUCUCAGCACAGACUGGACUUCCAACUGAUGUUGAAAAUUCGAGACACACUUUAUAUUGCUGGCAGGGACCAAGUUUACACUGUAAACUUAAAUGAAGUUCCAAAAUCAGAAGUUACUCCAAGCAAGAGAUUAACAUGGAGGUCAAGGCAGCAGGACAGAGAGAACUGUGCUAUGAAAGGCAAACAUAAAGACGAAUGCCAUAAUUUCAUUAAAGUCUUUGUUCCAAGAAAUGAUGAGAUGGUGUUUGUCUGUGGGACAAAUGCAUUUAACCCUAUGUGCAGAUACUACCGGCUGAAUACCUUAGAGUAUGAUGGGGAGGAAAUUAGUGGUUUGGCAAGAUGCCCAUUUGAUGCCAGACAAACCAAUGUCGCCCUCUUUGCUGAUGGAAAAUUGUAUUCGGCAACAGUAGCAGAUUUCCUGGCAAGUGAUGCUGUUAUUUAUCGCAGCAUGGGGGAUGGAUCUGCCCUGAGAACAAUAAAAUAUGAUUCCAAAUGGAUAAAAGAACCACAUUUCCUUCAUGCCAUAGAAUACGGGAACUACGUUUAUUUCUUCUUCCGAGAAAUUGCUGUAGAGCACAACACUUUAGGCAAGGCUGUGUAUUCCCGUGUGGCUCGGAUAUGCAAAAAUGACAUGGGCGGGUCCCAGAGAGUCCUGGAAAAACACUGGACAUCGUUUCUGAAAGCUCGGCUCAACUGCUCAGUUCCUGGGGAUUCAUUCUUCUACUUUGAUGUCCUGCAGUCUAUUACAGACAUUAUAGAAAUCAAUGGAGUCCCCACCGUUGUCGGUGUAUUCACCACACAGCUUAACAGCAUCCCUGGUUCAGCAGUGUGUGCUUUCAGCAUGGAUGACAUUGAGAAAGUCUUCAAAGGGAGAUUUAAAGAACAAAAGACUCCUGACUCUGUUUGGACAGCUGUACCCGAAGACAAAGUACCAAAGCCAAGACCUGGCUGCUGUGCAAAACACGGCCUUGCAGAGGCUUACAAAACCUCCAUUGAUUUCCCAGACGAAACGCUCUCCUUCAUCAAAUCUCAUCCUUUGAUGGACUCAGCUGUUCCCUCAGUCAUUGAGGAGCCCUGGUUUACCAAAACACGUGUCAGAUACAGACUGACAGCAAUCGCUGUAGACCACGCUGCUGGACCCUACCAGAACUACACAGUCAUAUUUGUUGGCUCUGAAGCAGGGAUAGUACUUAAAAUCUUGGCAAAGACACGGCCUUUUUCUUUGAAUGACAGUGUAUUACUGGAAGAGAUUGAAGCAUAUAAUCAUGCAAAGUGUAAUGCUGAGAGCGAGGAGGACAGAAGAGUCAUUUCCCUUCAGCUCGACAGAGACCACCAUGCUCUGUUUGUGGCAUUCUCCAGCUGUGUCAUCAGACUUCCUCUGAGUCGGUGUGAGCGUCACGGGUCAUGCAAAAAGGCAUGUAUUGCUUCACGGGACCCCUACUGUGGCUGGCUAGACCAGGAGACCUGUGGACGGGUGACCCCAGGCAUGCUGUUCUCUUUGUUUGUUUCAUACAACCACAGCACUGGAGGAUUUGUGCAAGAUGUCGAGUACGGCAACACUGCGCAGCUUGGGGACUGCCAUGAAAUUUUGCCUACUACAGCUACACCAGAUUACAAAAUAUUUGGCGACCCAACAUCUGACAUGGAGUUCUCCUCAGCUUCCAUUACCACAAUGGCAAGUAUCCCAGUUAUAUCACCUAAAGUGAUUGGUUCCUGGAAACCUAAAGUGACUGGCUCUCGGAAAUUUGUAGUUCAAGAUGACCCAAACACUUCUGAUUAUUCUGAUCCAUUAUCAGGUGUCCCAAAGGGUGUGAGGUGGGAAGUACAAUCAGGAGAGUCCAACCAAAUGGUACAUAUGAAUGUCCUAAUCACUUGUGUCUUUGCUGCUUUUGUCCUGGGAGCCUUUAUUGCGGGAGUGGCCGUUUACUGCUACCGGGAUAUAUUUGUACGGAAAUCCAGAAAAAUCCAUAAAGAUGCAGAAUCAGCCCAGUCCUGUACUGACUCCAGUGGGAGCUUUGCUAAACUGAAUGGGCUGUUUGACAGUCCCGUCAAGGAAUAUCAACAAAACAUUGAUUCACCCAAACUUUACACAAACCUGUUGACCAGCAGAAAGGAGUUGCCACCGACGGGUGAUACAAAGUCCAUGAUGAUGGACCACAGGGGACAGCCUCCGGAAUUAGCUGCGCUUCCAACUCCUGAAUCCACACCAGUUCUUCAACAGAAGACUCUGCAGGCUAUGAAAAGUCAGUCAGACAAAGCACACGGUAACCUCAGUGCUUCAAGGAAGGAAACUCCACUCAAAAGUCCUCAGUUUUUUCCUUCCAGCCCUCCGCCUCACUCUCCUCUGAGUCACGGACAUAUUCCGAGUGCUAUUGUCCUUCCCAAUGCCACCCAUGACUACAAUACAUCUUUCUCAAAUUCUAAUGCACACAAGGCAGACAAAAAGAUGCAACAUAUUGAUCAUCCACUUACAAAACCAUCCAGCAAAAGAGACCACAGGAGAUCUGUUGAUUCCAGGAACACCCUGAAUGAUUUUCUGAAACACUUAAAUGAAGCUACUAGUAACCCCAAAGCAAUUAUGGGAGAUAUUCAAGUGGCCCACCAGACUUUAAUGCUGGAUCCAAUGGGAAAUAUGUCUGAGAUCCCACCAAAGGUUCCUAACAGGGAGGCAUCUUUAUACUCUCCUCCAUCAACUCUUCCAAGGAACAGCCCCACAAAACGAGUGGACGUUCCCACCACUCCUGGAGUCCCAAUGACCUCUUUGGAAAGGCAGAGAGGUUACCACAAAAAUUCUUCACAGAGGCAUUCAAUAUCUGCCCUUCCUAAAAACUUAAACUCACCGAAUGGUGUUUUGUUAUCCAGACAGCCCAGUGUUCCCCGGGGGGGGUACAUGCCCCCCUCAGCAGGCACAAAGAUGGACUACAUGCAAGGGACGCCCGUCAGCGGUCACCUCCAGCCUUCCCUGUCUCGGCAAAGCAGCUACACGAGCAAUGGCACCCUGCCUCGUACAGGAAUAAAGAGGACACCCUCCUUAAAACCUGACGUGCCACCCAAACCCUCAUUUGUUCCUCAGACAACUUCAGUCAGACCACUGAACAAAUACAGUUACUAGGACAUGUCUGUGCUAAAAAACAAAAUGUGUGGCAUUGACCUGUACAGACAGAGACUUGCUUGUUACUAAAGAGAACAAAGUGGCCAAAGAAACUGUCUUUACUUCAGCAACAUCUGUGUCUUGCCACAUGUAGCUAUAGCAAGACUUUGUGUACUUGCUAAGAGCAAACAAACAAACAAAAAAAACCCAAUCAAAAAAACAAAAAAUCCCAAAAAGCAAACAAAAAAUAGACAAAAAGAAAAAAAGAAAAGAAAAAAAAAAACAAAGGAAAGUGCUGGUCAUUACAUUUCUUUUGUUUGGAGCUAAGGAGACAUGUAGCACAAUGGGGUGGGGGCUACUUUACUGUUCUAACUAGCUAAAAAAAAGUUCAUGGGGAAAAAAAAAAAUCAGUAGGCAAAUACUUGAAAAAAACUGGGUUCCAUUUUAGACUGCCAUUAGGCGUGGUCCUUCCCAUUAAAUGUGAACAUUUUAAUAUGUAUGCAGUCACCUUGCCUCUUGCACAAAUGUCAGAAAAUGGUAAUGUCUCAAUGAAGAUCUGGGUUAAUAAUCAAUUUGCUGGAAUUCAGUCUCUGGCCCAACUGUAGCAUUAUUAUUUUUUUCUCUCCAUGUGCGUGGCAUUUUGUUUGUGCCACAGAUAAAGCUGUGUGUGUGCGUGUGGAUAUGUGUGUGUGUGUGUGUGUGUGUACUGUACACACUAGGAUGUACUUAGAUUCCCAUUGCAUCUUUUAUGCUAUGGAAUUGUUUACAUUGAGCAUGUCUGAACAAACAGAUGACUCUGCCUUCUGCAGCCUGAUGGGUUCACUUUGGAGACAGCUAAGGAUGAACUGCACAUCUCUGCCAGCCUCCGGGAUGGGGACACCCUGAGGAAACAGUCACCCAGUGAAAGAGUGCAGAUACCUUGAAUUCCUGAUCACUCUGUUAUGCUGCUAUUGAUUCAGAGCUGUGUAUUGCAAAUCCAGUGUUGUGGGCUGGAACGGGGGAGUGUUGCUGUGUUUCCACAGUGCCUCCAUCCAAUACCUGGCCACUGUGAACUUGAGCCCCUGCACUUCUCACUGAGGGCAGCUGAUAAUCAAUUCACUUGGCAAAGGCCUCUGCAACUCGAAAAGGUUAUGGUUUUGUUGCAUUUAAUAAUGCCCUACAUGCAGAUAGACUCUUGUUAAUAAAAAAAAAAAAAAAAAAAAAAGAAGAAGAAACAUAAAUUGGCCUGGCAGAAGCAGUCUGUGAAAAACUCAACAGUAGUGCAAUCAAUUUGUUUUUGUUGUGUAAUGUAAGGGUUGUUUUGGUUUGUUUGUUGUUUUUUUUUUUUUCCAAAGUCAUGCAGGUAAUGACAAUAUUCUGUAAAUAUUAUGUGUGAGUUUACCUGAAUCUGUGCAUUUUGUGCCUUAUUCAUGCAAAUGAUAAAAGUACUAAAAAAAAAAAAAAAAUUGAAUAAAUCUGUCAAGUGUUCUCACUGUAGCACCUAUCCCCUGAGUGCCAGUUGUAAAACCUCUCAACACCACCCAAAAAAAAAAAAAAAAGAUAAAAAGCAGGAAUAAUUAAUGGUAACUAAAGGCAGCCUACAAUCCAAGAAGACAGCAGCAUUAAAUCACCUUACCAUGAUAAGCAUUCCACUCCAGCUCUCUGAAGGAUCAAACAGUUAUAAUGUGAAAUCAAAUGAGGUUUCUAGGGUAAUGGAACACCUGCUAAAGUUGUGUAAGCUAUUUAGUAGGUUUUACAGUAUCCACUUGCAGCUGAUGUUCAACACAGAUGGCUGUUUUAGCUUGCAAACUACACACUACCACAUUGUGUAUUGAACAUAACUAUAGAAAUAACCAUGGCAGAGGAAUAUUCAUGAAUUAGUGGGACAAAUAACUGCAAUGGGUUUCAGAGAUGGUAGAGGUUUAUGUUAUGUGUUCAAAGGGGAGAAGAGGCCAGGCACUGAAAACUGGAUCUCUGUUACAGAACAAAGAAUAAAGGAUAGACGUAGUCAUUUUUUCCUUGUAAGGCUGUAAGUGACAUUUAUUUCCUGAGACCUCUGGAUCCAAAAAAAUCAAUGAUCUCUCUUCCUAAACACUUCUGCCUUGCAACUAAAACACUACAGAUUAAUAACUAUUAAAAAUGUACUCGGUUGUCAAAAGACACAAACUGAUCCCAAUUCACUUUACAAAUAUUAAUACAGACUUGUGUGAAACCGAGAGAUAAAUGUAUGUGAACCCUGAUAACCUCCUGUAACAUUGUGCUGCCUUGUAGAUGGUAAUGUGAGUUCUCUCAGUAUUUAUGUUGAAAUUUCUAACAUUCAACCUGUCCUUAUUCUGUUAAUUUAAUAAUAAAAGAUGCUUUAUCCAUUUGUGCAAAGGUAAACGCAGAUUGUAUCUUUUUUAAUGGUACGGCAUAAAAAAAGUAACCCUUAAAUGAAGCUGCUCUAUACUAUAGAGUACUUUAACAUGUAUAGAUAUCUUGUAAACUUGUAUUGUGGAUGUGUAAAUACUACGUUCUUUGGAUUUUUAACACCGCAUGUAAAGUCAAAAUAAAAUAUUCCAAUGUA